AUGAGACUGGCCGCUUAUGCUGGGGCCUCAGUGGCCCUAGCCACUGGUGUUCUUCUCAAAGCGCUUCACCAGAGGUCCAAUUUCUACUCAGCAUGCGUCUACCUAUCCCAAAGUAGUGCGAAUCUAAUGAUUCUUACGAACCUCUGCCUUCUCGUCACCGGAUUCCUCCUUUUCUGGCUCCAGCGCCUCCUCUACGGACCAUUGCGACCAAUCGAGACGGAGCAAUUAUAUGAGCGCGCUUGGUUUGCGGUCACGGAGACAUGUUUGGCCAUGACUAUAUUCCGGGGAGAACUCGGGGCCUGGUUUUUGGUCAUGUUCAUAUCGCUUUUAGUGGGUAAAGUUUGGGGUUGGAUUGGUGAAGGCCGUGUCGAGUUCUUGGAACAACAGCCUCCAGCCAAUCCAAAGUUGUUCCAUAUUCGUCUAGCAGCUUCUCUGGCCCUGACGGUCAUAUUCGACUUCUUCAUGCUCCGAUACUGCGUACACACUGUUAUUACACAGGCACGCCCGGACAUGAUGGUGAUGUUCGGAUUUGAGUUCGCCAUUCUCGCGAUCUUGUCGUCCUCGACCCUUCUACGAUAUGUGAUCGCCCUGACAGAGAUAUCUAUCACUCGCCAACAAGUGAAAGCAAGGGUUGAGGAGCGCAGGGCUGAGAUUCGCAUUGCCCGGGAUGAGGCUAUCCGAGAAUCCGCCCGCGCAGGCGCAAGCUCCCCACCUGCCGAUCUCCCCGAUGAGAAUGAUGUGAAUGAAAUGGAAAUUGACGUACCCGGAUGGGAGGAAAAAGGCCGCUGGGUUUUCUACUUGGAUCUUCUGACCGACCUGCUGAAACUCGUGAUUUAUCUCACCUUCUUCGGCAUACUGCUUACUUUCUACGGCCUGCCCAUCCAUAUUCUACGGGACGUCGUGGUAACUAUCCGCUCGUUCGCUCGUCGUAUUAUGGAUUUCAUGCGCUACCGAAACGCUACCAGAGACAUGAAUGAGAGAUAUCCAGAUGCAACUGCCGAGGAGAUCUCUCGGGAAGAUGUUUGUAUCAUCUGUCGAGAGGAAAUGACUCCAGCGCAGCCUGCACAGCCUGCAGCUGGAGCCAAUGGAGCCCCAGCGAACCCUCCUGCCACCGAAACCCGGCGGGUUCCCGAACGUCUGCGCCCAAAGAAGCUUCCUUGCGGUCAUAUCCUGCAUUUCGCAUGUCUACGUAGUUGGCUUGAGAGGCAACAGAAUUGUCCCACCUGCCGUCGCCCUGUUCUCGCGCCGUCUAGAACAGCGGGCGCAGCGGCUACUGGCGGUCAUAAUCAACCUGGCCAGCAAAACGGCAAUCAAGCAGGACAACAAGGUGCCGAAGGACAGCCUCGGGCCCGGGUCUAUCAAUUUGGGCCGCUCAGGAUUGGCUUCGGAGCCGUGCGUGGAGAUGUCUUUAAUAAUCUGCACCGCCAAAUCCCGCAGGGCAAUCCACCACAGCCUGCGGUGAACCUGCAGGCAAACGUACCCGCCGGUCAGAUUGGAUUUGGAUUAGGGCUCGGGCGCCGUCCGCAAACCCCUGCGCCCACACACCCACAGGCCACAACCGCGGGAUUGUCCACCGCCUCUGACAUAAGUGCACAGUUGUCCCAGAUCGAAGAAAGACUCACCCUUGAACUCCAGACCCUCCGGGCUGCCACAGAGCAACUAUAUCGGGUGCGUCACUUGCAGUUGGAGUUGGAUCGAUUGCGCCAUCAACCAACAUCCGGCGCCCAGCCAAGCCCACCUCCCAAUGUUCCAUCGCCAACCUCAGGACCUGGAGCAUCGACAUUCACUCCACGUAAUCAGUUCGCGGGACUCCCGGGUUCUAUCAUGAAUUCAGGUGAUAGUCGUCUUCCCGAGGGAUUGACUCUUCCCCCUGGCUGGACCUUACUUCCCCUCCAGCGCAGGGAAAACAGCACCGGGUCAGCACAGCCAGUACAGCAAGUGCAGCCAGUACAGUCUACCCCCAUCAUUACAGAAUCACCCUCUUCUGCAUCCGCUGUAAAUAAUGCUGGCGCCCAGACCCCUUCGGUCCCUGAGCAGUCGACCGGGAAUGGAGCAGAAGCGCAAGUCACCCCCGAACAACCCACAAUCAGCGCCGAUAUUGUGUCAAAUCCUCAGCUUGGUUCUACUGGGCCUGUCCCAGAGACUCGCGCAGAUUCUCCAUCUCAAGAAUGGACCGACUUAGCCCCUAAGGAGUCAUCGGAUGUCGGGUCCACCAUCCCCACAACCUGGGGUAGUGGAGAAUCUUCCACAGCACCGGCAUCCACAGAUGAUCAGUCCGAGACCCCAUCUAAAGGAAAAGGUCGGGCUGUCACUGUCGAGGAGACCGCAGAUGAAGAGGCGUCUUAG